UUUUCUUCACUUGGCGAUUAUUCACGAGGAGAAAGCCCUGAGCCUGGAGGUGAUCCGGCAGGCGGCCGGCGACUGCGCUUUCCUGAACUUCCAGAACAACCUCAGCCAGACUCCUCUUCACCUGGCAGUGAUCACCGAUCAGCCUGAAAUUGCUGAGCAUCUUCUGAAGGCUGGAUGCGACCUGGAAAUCAGAGACUUUCGAGGAAACACCCCCCUGCACAUUGCCUGCCAGCAGGGAUCCCUGAGGAGCGUCAGUGUCCUCACGCAGCACUGCCAGCCACACCACCUCCUCGCUGUCCUGCAGGCGACCAACUACAACGGACAUACAUGUCUCCAUUUGGCAUCUAUUCAGGGAUAUCUGGCUAUUGUUGAAUACUUGCUGUCCUUGGGAGCAGAUGUAAAUGCUCAGGAGCCGUGCAAUGGCAGAACGGCACUACAUUUGGCUGUCGACCUACAGAACUCAGACCUGGUGUCGCUUCUGGUGAAACAUGGGGCGGAUGUGAACAAAGUGACCUACCAAGGCUACUCACCCUAUCAGCUCACGUGGGGAAGAGACAACUCCAGCAUCCAGGAACAGCUGAGGCAGCUGACCACAGCCGACCUGCAGAUGUUGCCAGAAAGUGAGGAUGAGGAGAGCAGUGAAUCGGAGCCUGAAUUCACAGAGGAUGAACUUAUGUAUGAUGACUGCCUUAUUGGAGGACGGCAGCUGGCGUUUUAAAGUCGAGCCUUCUGUGAAAAGAAGUGACUGUGUACAGAUGUGUAGAAAAGGACUGACUUUCUUCAUUUAAAAAGAAAGUUGCAAUGUGGAGGGAAAAACCAGGAGGGAAAUACUACACUGCCCGGCAAGGAGCACGUAGUUUAAACUGGAUGGUUCCAGGUUCUAGCCUGUGUUUAAAUACAGGAGCGGGAUGUGUAAUGUCAGUAGAGAUCUGUGACUAUUCACAACACCUGAUAAAGAGCUACAUAGCCAGUCUUCUCAACCCUGCGAACAGACCACGUGUCCAGCCUGCUAGUUACAGAGAGCUCUCUUGUGGCUUUAAGUACCACGAGGAACACGUGUCUUCUCGUGGCAAGGAAGGCUCAUACCAGCACCCC